AUGGGCUACUCGGGCAACCCCACGUCGGGAAGCUCUGACGGGACGGCCAUCAGCGCGGCCAUCGUCUCGUUCCUGGCGCUGUCGCUGUACAACGUCAUCGAGCUCGACGUCAUUAUCUUCUCGUCCUUCAAGCGGCGGCGCGGGCUCUACUUCUGGAGCUUCCUCGCCGCGACCAACGGCAUCGCGCCGCACUCGAUCGGCUUCCUGCUCAAAAACGUGCUCAACUCGCACACGUAUGGGCUCUACAUCACGCUCGUGGCCAUCGGCUGGGUGCCCAUGGUCACGGGCCAGUCACUGGUGCUGUACUCGCGGCUGCAUCUCAUCUUCUGGAACACGUUUUGGCUGCGCAUGGUGCUGGCCAUGAUCAUCUUCAACGCCAUCGUCCUGCACGUCCCCAUCAUCAUCCUCAUGUACGGCGCCAACAGCUCGCCGGACAACUCCUGGGUCCACCCUUACGACGUCUACGAAAAGGUCCAGGUCACCAUGUUCUUCCUCCAGGAGCUCAUCAUCUCUGGUAUCUACAUCAAGACGUGCUUCUCCUUUUUCGACACCGAGGACAGCAUGUACGGCGAUGCCGUCCGCAAGAUGCGCCGCCACCUGCUGCUCGUCAACAUCUUUGUCAUCCUCCUCGACAUUCCCAUCCUGUGCCUCGAGUACACCGACACGUACGAUCUCCAGACGGCGUACAAGGCGUUUGUGUAUAGCGUCAAGCUGAAGAUGGAGUUCCGCAUCUUGAACAGGCUCGUCGAGAUGACGCGCGCGCGCGACGACGUGGACCCGUUCCAAAACAGCUCGAGCAUGCGAAUACAUGACGCCGUUGCGCCGGCACCACAAAAUAGUGCAAAGUAG